GAGGUUACGUAAAUGCUACUAAACAUCACAUAAAAAAUAAAUUUAAAUUGUUGAAGAAAAAAUGGGAUAAAUACAUUCAAAGGACUAUGGGAAAAAAUAGCUCUGGGAAAGGCAUAAAACCUCUUUUAUAUGAAAAUGAAAUGAUAACCAUCUUUGGAAAAAGUCACAGUGGAGUGCCACCUUUUGUGGUUGGCCGCAAAGAAAUUGUUUCUCAGGAAGAGAUUUUGCAAAAAGUCAGUCAAACUUCAUCUGGGAAUAUAAAUGAAGAAGAAUCUUCUGUCGAAGUACAUUCACCUCUUUCGCCUCUAUCGCCUCUUUCGCCUCUAUCAGCGAAUAGCAAUAAAUCAUUCACGACAAAUAGCAAUUGUUCAUCUUUCAUAAAGACAAAAGCAAAGAAGGUAAUGCCAGACAAGACGCACGCACAGAAAUGUUGAUAGAGCUUCGAACAUGCAAUGAAUUACAAAGACAGCGAAAUAAUAUUUUGGAAAGGCAACUUCAGCUACUAGAGAGAAUGGAACAAAAAUACUCAAAGCAAACAGAAUUAAAUAUGUAUAUUACACUGAAUUAAAUAUGUAUAUUGUAUAUUU